CCAGAAUUAUCAUCUCAAGCAACGAUUACAAUCAAAGUUUCGGAUGUGAACGAUAACUCUCCUCAAUGUCCAGCAGUUAAUACAUUUGCCGUUUCUGAUGAUAACGAAGUUGGCGUAACGUUUGAUAACGUAAUUGCAACUGAUCCAGAUGAGGGCUUAAAUAGCAGUUUAAUAUAUCGUUUACAAGUGGAAGAUGUCAAUUUUGCUUUGAGAAAUAACGGUGAAUUAAUCGUGAAGAAAAAGUUAUCAGACAAAGGCAAUCGAAGAGAAAGCCGUUUAUCAGUGGUAGUUCUUGAUCAAAAUGGUGGACCGCAGGCUCGAGCAACUACUUGUUCAAUUCAAAUUCUUGUCAUAAAAGUUAAAUCUAAAGUAAAAUUUCUGGAACCUGUGGAUAGGAUUGUUAGAAUUGAUAAUAAAUGCUCAACAGGUUGCUUGUUAAAAUCGCUUAAUGCAACAAAUGUCGCGAAAUGGGAAAUCGAAUUGAGUGAUAUUUCAAAUAACUUUGAAAUUUUAAACAAUACUUUGCAAACUUCUCAGCAUUUCAAUGCAAGUAUGAUUAGCGAUGGUCGAACUCUCACCGUUGCAGCGUUGGAUAAUGACGAACGUAAGAAGCAGAUCACAUUUAUUAUCCGAACGUCAGUCUUACCUGAACUAAAUCAUAGUAAUAAAACUAUCAUAGUGAGGACAUCGCGCGUUUUGCCCAUUGGUUCACAGGUGAUAACUUUAAGCAAAAAUGAAAGUAAAGGGACAUUUUGGCAUCUGAAAAAUACAACAGAUGCAUUUCAUUUGGAUAGCAAAACUUCUAUUUUAUAUCUUACUGCAAAUUUACGUCAAACUCACGCAAGUAGCUACUUUCUCGAAAUUCUUGAAUGGAUUCCACCUAAUUAUUCAUAUUCUAAGCAACAUAAUGUGUAUAUCGAAAUAGAGCCGACUAAUCUUUACUGGCCAAAGUUUUCAAAUUGUCCACGGUUUUUCACGGUAAAAGAAAAUGAACAAACAGGUUCUGUUAUUGGUGAAGUAAAAGCAGAAGAAACUGACGCAACAUCAGAUGUACACUUAAGUUAUUCAAUCAUUCAAGAUUCAUCUGGAUCAUUUUCGAUUGAUUCUCAUUCCGCUGAGCUGCUAUUAACUCGUUCUUUGCAUGAUCAACAGGGACAGCUUCUGUCAUUUUUGAUAGUCGAAGCUGAAGACAACUUUCCGGAUAUCAAAAAACGUAAACGCUCAAAUUGUGUCGUUUUUAUUAGUAUCGAAGAUAUUAAUGAUCAUCAGCCGAAGUUUUUAAGUUCCAAUAACGUAACAAUAAAUGAUAAUUUUGUUGAUGGUGACAUUAUUCAUUAUGUGGUUGCUGUUGAUGCAGAUUUUGGUGAUAAUGGAAGAAUUACCUAUACUUUAAGUGAAGAAACUAGCAACAGCAUCUUUAAAAUUGACCCUAAAUCUGGUGCCUUACAACUUUUACAUCGUUUUAAUGGAGAAAAGCAUUUACGUGUUCGUGCUAGUGAUAAUGGCAAUCCUCCCAAGUACGCAGAAGUAAAUCUUUCUGUUAAGUUUGAUUCACGUCAUCGGCGAUGGAAAUUUUUCCAGCAACAAGAAUAUAAUUUUUAUGUAAAUGAUACUACUGCUUCGGAAACAAUUUUGCAUGACUUCUCAAGAAACAAAAAAAAUUGGCAAUAUCUACAAUUAUUUCCUUACUUUAUUUCUGAAAAUGAUCCUUUACAAUUAUCAGAAAGUGGAAAAUUGCUACUGCAAAAAGGAGUAACAUCUGGAAAAUACACGUACCUUUUGAUUGCAUCGAAAAGUCAAAGGUUAAUUGACUGGACAUGGAUUAAGCUAACAGUAACUUCUGACAAUAAAUAUCCACCAAGAAUUUCCUCAUCAAGCUGUGGUAAUCUUACAAUACGCGAAAAUAUUGCUACCGAACAUUUAACUCGGAUUUAUGCUUGGGAUCAAGAUGACAGUGCUGACAGUACCAUUUUUUAUCGAAUAAUUGCUGGAAAUGAGAAGUCGGUAUUUUAUUUGAAUUCAUCAACGGGUUUAUUGUCAUGUCAUGAACUGGAUCGUGAACGUCAGUCUGAAUACUUCUUAGUGAUCACUGCUGAAGAUCAAGGCUUACUUAAGCGAGCAGAUACAUGCACACUUCGUGUUUUGGUAACAGAUGAAAAUGAUAAUGUACCUAUCUUUAAUGAAAAUACACCAAAAUUUAUUGAAAUUAAUGACAAUAUUGAAGUUGGCGACAUAUUAACAGAGUUGACAGCAAAAGAUGACGAUGCAAACUCAAAUGGUAAAGUUACUUAUAGUAUUACCGAUGAUAGCAGCGGUUUGUUGGAUAUUCGACCUGAUAGUGGUGAAAUUAUUUUUGCAAGAAAUUAUCCAUUACCAAAUGGUAAAUAUAUCGUGAAAAUCAAAGCGGAAGACCAUGGAAAUUCACGUGUACUGUCAUCUGAACGUGAUAUUGAUCUCUUUGUGAAACGAUUUAAAUUUCAUGAGCAAAGUAUGGAACCACAAUUUUUAAGCGAACAAUACGUUGGUUUUAUUAAUGAAGGCGAGCCACGUGGGCAAUUUGCUCUUCAGGUACGAAGUUGGAAUAGUCUACCAGAAGAUUCACCGCUUGCUUACAGUAUUGUAAGCGGUAAUAUGGAUUCAGCGUUCGGUAUCGAUGAGGAAGGACGCAUCAUAACAGCACAAGAAUUAGAUUACGAGAUUAAUAAUAAUUACAAUUUGAAAGUAAUUCAGAUGUCGAGUAAUUUUAAAAAUACUCCUGAAACAGAUGUGUUUAUAAGAGGUCAAAAAAUUUUUUAUUUGUUGAACUUUCGACACAUAGUCAACAGAAAUGAUAACAUUCCUUCGUUUCCUGUGCUGAAACCUUUCACAGUAUCUGAAUCCGCAAAUUAUGGUACUUUGGUAGCGACCGUAUCAGCGAAAGAUGUUGAUGUUGACACUCAACUGGAGUAUAGUUUGCUCUCAUGUGAUCAUCUCUUUGAGAUUGAUCCAUUUUCUGGUAAAGUAUUUUUGAUCGGAAAAUUAGAUUAUGAGAUCGAGAAAGAGCACAAUAUUGAAAUUCAGGUGACGGAUGGUGAAAAUGUUUCACGUACAACAUUACGUAUAUUAGUUAAGGAUGCGAAUGAUAAUGAACCAAAAUUUGAAGAAGACUUCUACUUAAUCCAUGUUUCCAGCGAUAUCCAAUUAAAUUCGAUCAUAGCAAAGAUACAUGCAGAUGACCCGGACACAGGAUUAGCUGGAUCAGUCCAAUACGGAUUACUUCCUAAUAGCUCUAGUAAAUUCAAAAUCGAUCAUGAAUCAGGUGAUUUGAUCGUAGUUGAGAAAUUGACUGAUCAGUCGGUGUAUCAUUUGACGAUACUUGCGUCAGAUCAAGGUGAACCACCACUUAGUUCAGUUUGUUUAGCUCGAAUAGAUGUCGGUGGAGAAGAAUUCAGCCGGAAACCUAUUAGAUUUACAAAUAAAUCAUUCAAUUUUGCCAUACCUGAAAAUACUCAUCCACACGUUGGAUUUGGCAAAUUGACGUUAAUUGAUAUUGCAUCUACGAGUGUAACACUGAAAAUUCAACCCCCCGAAGUUGCAAAUAUUUUUGGCAUUUUAAAUGAUGGAUCAAUUUUUUUAAAGCAGGCAAUCAGUGCUAGUCUUCAAAAUGAAUUUGAAUUUGAAGUGGAAGCACUGUCUCCGUUAGCAUCUGCAAAUUCAUCAGCUAAAGUAAGCAUAAAUGUAAUGGAUCACAAUGACAAUGUUCCAUACUUCAUUGAAAAAGUUGAUCAGAUAAUAAUUGAUAAGAAAAUGAAUACAAACGAUGUGUUAACAAAAUUUGUUGCUGGCGAUAAUGAUAAAGGUGAUAACGCAAGGAUCAGUUAUCAGAUCUUAUCUGGAAACGAUUACGGAAUGUUUCACCUAAAUAGUUCAUCUGGAGAAUUGUAUCUUACGAAAACUAUUGGAGAUGAAGAAAUACUCUCAAACGCUACUUUUAGUGAUUUGAUACUUACUGCUUCUGAUAAUGGUAAUCCAAGUAAAUGGAACUGGACUACAGUUUCUGUGAAACUUCACGUUGAUUACACUUCUAUAAAAUCACCAUUUUUUAUUGUCUCGCAAUAUGAAAUACAUGUAUUCGAAGAUACACCCAAAGGCAGUAUCAUCUUGCGUUCGAAAGCUGUUAAUAAAUUAGGAAUACAUGGCGAUAAUUGGACUUAUGCGUUGAAAGAUAAUGAUGAGUCAUUUGGUUGCAACAAAAGUUCCGGCUAUAUAAUGCUGAUGAAACGUUUGGAUUUUGAAUUGCAACAGCGUUAUGAAUUCAUAUUAAGUGUGGUAGAUGAUCAAGAUCGAUCAGCAUUUGCAUCGGUUAAAGUUAUAGUUCAUGGAGUCGAUGAAUAUCCACCUGUUUUCAUGAAACGUGAUUACGUGCUUCAAAUUCCGAAAAACUCUCAAGUUGGACAACGAGUUGGAAUAAUAUCAGCGCUAGAUCAGGAUUUUGGUGUAGGCGGCAAGAUUCGAUAUGAAAUCCAGGGAAAUGCAGCAAAAUAUUUAAGCAUCGAUGCAGAUACGGGUCAAGUUGCCUUAUCUCGAGAAAUUGACUUCGGAAUAAUUAAUAGCAAUAAUAUAACAUACGAUGAAUUGGUCGUAAUCGCAAGUUCAAGUCAAACGCAAAGUACUCGUACAAAAGUACUAAUUCAGGUUUAUAGCGUAAGUAAAGGUAAUAUUUCGGUGAUCAGAGAUUUAAGUCAGCGAUCUCCGAAAUUUGAAUGUCAGAGGCAGUUCGCUCUGUCCUCGUCAUCUUUUUCAGACAGAUCUAAGGUUAUACAUUUCUGUUUCCACUCAAAAUAUAAAGUUUUAUAUCAAAACUUGGACAACAGUUCCUAUCUUAUCUCAUAUUUAUUUACUUUCAAGCAGAACUUAACAUUUUAUUUUAUGCAGAAUUUGCCAGCAUCCAACACCAAUUUUGGCUACUGUGCUACGAAACUUCUAUCUAAACGGCCUUUGGAAAGCCAAACAGUACACCACUCCAUACCUCAUUCUAUGCCUGAUUCGGGUAUUGAUCUUGAUGAUCUAUCAGCAACCAGUUCAGUCACUGAGUACCUUAAUCAAAUCGGUGUUACACCGAACAAGUACUUUGAUUCAAAUGAAAGCUCAAAUAAGGAACGUGUUACGGGUUAUCUAGAGGCCAUCAACAAUGAUUCUGAAAUCAAUGAUUUAAUUUAUGCUAAAGUAGAUGAGAUUCUGAGUCCAGCAAGUCAAAUGAAUGUUUCCUUGUCCUCAGAUAGCUCAAUUGAUAUAUCCUCAUUUACGGUUAGUACAAAUUGCUUUUUUAUUUAUUAA